AUGAGCUAAAAUCCUAAAAUGGAAACAUUAACUGAUUAGACUUUUGUCAGAAAGUGCAUUAUAAAAUUUAUAUAAGAUCUUGAAAAUAAAUUCUCAAUAAAAGUAAUAUUUGCUUGUGAAGGUGGGAGUCGUGGGUGGGGCACGCAUACUGAUGAUUCUGAUUAUGAUGUUAGAGGAAUUUAUAUCUUAAGCGAAGAUUAAUAUAUGUCAGUAACAAAAAGUAAAGGUAUAAUAAGUGGUUUUUCAUAAAAGAUACCUGAGACUAAUGUCUUAUUUGACUAUAUUUUUAUAGAUUUUAGAAAAUUCUUGAAAAGAAAUAUUAUUAAUGAAAAAAAUCAGCUAAAUUUUAUACUUUAAAGCAAAACUUGGUAUAUAAAUAAGUUCCCUGAAGACAUUUUAAGUGAACUAAAAAUUAAACUUCCAGUUCCAUUAAGAGGUAUUAAAGGACACUUAAAUGAUUUAACAAAAUAAGUGAAAAAUGCAUAAAAAAUUUCACCAAAAUAGGCAUUAAACUGUUUUAUAUAUGGACUUUAGUUGAUUCACAUUUAUGUUUUUGAUAGUUUUCCUUUUUAUAGUAGUUAAGAUCAAAUAGAAUUUCUUUAAAAUUAAAUCUCUCAAAAUAAAGAUAAUCUUAAUAUAGGACAGUAGCAGAAUGUGCAAUUAGAACGAAUUUUUGAAGAAUUUAAAAUAGAUUUGAUUUUGGAAAAGUUUAAGUAAUAUUUAGAGCUGAAAAAACACAAUUAAUAAUCGAUACCUGAAUAAGAUAAUUUAAUCAUAUAAAAUUUUAGUUAAGAUGUUAUGAAUUAUAAAUAUGACAUAAAAAUGUAAUCUAUAACAUCUUCUUAACUUGAUUAAAUAUUCAGAAAAAUGGUAAGUUAUAAUGAACAAUAUGAAGAAUGA